AUGCAAUGUGAUAGUGCCACAUCACCUGGCCAAAAUUCGUCAGCCGAUUCGACACAGAGUUCGCCAUUUUCAUCAGCUGUUAGCGAGUCCGAGGUUGACGCAUCGUCGUUAUCGUGUCAAUCAUCCAGUGUUGCGGAUACAAAACAGCCGUUUUCGAAUGGAGGGCAUCCCGUCCGAAAUACCCUCAGGAUCGGCAAUAAAAGUAUGGCUGAUGUAUCACGAAUGCGCCCGGCAUGCCUCAAUCCUGGCAAUACUAGUGAUGAGGAUGCUGCUGCUGAAGACACCACCAAUAACGGAUUCUGGGGACAAUUCCGUUGCGAACGCCGAAAUACCGUUGAACAGAGCGGAAUUACGUGGCGUUCACGGAGUGACACGGGCACAAACUGCACUGAGCGGGGACGCAAAACUUCGCUCCCACGACCUCUUACACCAUCGCCAAGCGUUUCGGGCCGUUCAUCUCCGGCAUGCCUUUCUCAUCCGGUACCUCCACGCUCACGCGUUGCGGACAUACGACGUGAAAGCAAUUGCUCAAUGGAAAGUGAAGCAGCUCACGAAAGGCUUAUGCAAAUCGCGCAACAGGUAAAAACGAUCAGGCCUCUUUUGUUCCACCACCAGUGUUACUCACCAUCAACAAGACAGAUUGUGCGUAACAACAUCACCUAUUCGCCGAGUCCCAGUCCAACACCAAGUCCCACACGGCAUAUCAUGCGGAGUCUUAGUCCGAUGGCUGUUCGUCAGGUAACCAAACGUAGGUACACCAGUUCAGCCAAUGUCGAAGCGGAUGCAUCAGAUCUGCGCACACCGGGGUUUCUUUUGAAUUCAUCCGUUAAAUCAGAAAUCACUUUUUGGGCAUUUAUUUUCAUGGUUUAG